AGGCUGAAACCUUAAUUCAUGGGCGGCGCAGACACAGUGAUCCCCAAUUCUCAUAAUUAGGUCUUUAUCUGGACAAAAGUGAAAGUACGACAUUCUCAACAAACAAAAAGACUGCGUAGUUGUUAGCACAAGAACACUGCAGUCAAAACAAUAGGAGAGAAAAAGGUGGGGUCUCUUUGCAUAGGCAUGGGGCAUGGGGGAAACAUCAGACGCUAAUAAUGACCACAAAAGGCCCAAAGGUGACUUUCACUCGUACUCAUGCUGUAUUAAUUUAUUGCUUUCUUGGGGAGCUGAAGAAAAUGCUUAAUCAUUACAGGAGCUAGAUAUAAACUAAUCAUCUCUUAUUGUUUAAUGGUCAGAAGUCAAUUUCAUUUCCUGGGUGUUAUAGGCUGGCAGUGUGAAAAGUUUUGCUAAGGGCACUCCAGGUGUUUGUUGUUAUGCUUCUGAGAGUCGCAUGUUGCAUUCCUUGGUUUUGACAUGCUUGGAAUGCGCAUGCAAAUGUUUGGGGCGCUGCCCGUACGUGGAAUAUGUUAGCUGUUUAGAAUUAAACAUCAUUCUUCUUCUUGUAAUUGUGAUUGAAAUUUAGUUUCCCUGUAUUGCCUUGCCAUAAAGACAUCGUGGUUUAUUAACAAAAGAAUAGCUGUAAGGUGCAUAUGAAACUUGUCUGCAAGAGUAAACAAAUAAAACUGCCUAGAAGUUGUGCGAGUUAAUGGCAGCUUUAAUCUCAUUGAUUACUUUUGCAUUCUUCUGGACAUCUCCAAAAUUUUGGAAAUAUGCUGACCUAAGAAAAGCAGAAAAGAUAGUAUUGAGAGGCAAACAGGAGGCCGUGCUCUAUGUUGCUUGGUACAAAACCUAUGAUCCUCCAAUCCAAGCUUUUUUCCCCUGGGAUGAUUUAGCAUUGAAAGAAGAGCCUUCCACUUUUCCUUGGAGAAGCAGAUACAAGUUGCUCAUUUGGGUUGAUCUCUUCAAUUUUGUACUCGCUUUCUUUGGUUUUAGGGCCUUAUCUACUCCAAAAGGAGGAGGUGGUGGAGCUGCCCCCUUGGUCAGUGACAUGGGAGGUGGUGGUAUAUUGGCACCGCCCACUGUUGAAGGUGGUGGUGCUACUGCCCCUGCUGCUGCACUUGUGUUUAUUUUUAUCUUGCCUUAUAUUAACUGGGAAAUUGAUGCUGUUUCUGAAGAUGGAUUGGGAAGUGGUGGUGGUAGGGGACCAGAGGCGGUGGACAUUACCCAUAUUCAACAAGAUGCAUGCCACAUUACCACGCCUCAGUUUGCCAACUGCCUGAAGUCUCAGAUGCAAAAGGAGAGGUUUAGAGUAAGCAGCACUUGCAAAUUCACCCAUGUUCCCAAAAUGGAACACCUAGUGAUUUUGCUUUCUGAAUAUGACUCACAAUAUCUCCAAUAGUUGACCCUUGCAUCCCGCUUUAAAUGUUCUUCUCAUUUUCACCCAUCACAUCAGGCAUUUCUCUUGCUACGUUGAUCGUGUAAUUCAGCUUUGCUAUUAAUGUUUCAACUUCAAUAAAUGAAUGUCAAUUUA